CGGAUGCGAGGGUUGAUCGGAGUAGAUGCGUGUUGUUGUGGUUUAGGUGUAGCGUUAGUGUAGCCUUGGACCGUCCGGGGAUGAGCGCGGCGGGGGGGCUUUACCCUGCCCUGUGCAAGGGGCAACAUUUAUCAACCAUUGCUCCACACAAAUCUACAACACACAACCACCACCAUGGUCCGCCACAAAAAAGACAACUUUUCCUCGCGCGGAAAGAAAUUCUCAAACCCCCCGCGCAACCGCGGCCCUCGCAACCCCGAAGACGGCGAAGACUCUGGCCGCGCCACCCGUCCGCCCUUCAAGGCCGCCGCCUGGGAUCUCGGUCACUGCGAUGCCAAGCGCUGCUCGGGCAAGCGCCUCAUGCGCCUCGGCCUGAUGCGCGAGUUGCAUGUCGGCCAGAAGUUUGCCGGCGUCGUCGUGUCACCCAAGGCCAAAAAGGUCGUGUCGCCCGCCGAUCGCGAGCUCUGCGAGCAGUACGGCGCCGCCGUCGUCGAGGCCUCGUGGAACCGCAUCGACGAGGUGCCGUUCGGGCGCAUCGGUGGCAAGUGCGAGCGCCUGCUGCCGUACCUCGUCGCCGCGAACCAGACCAACUACGGACGCCCGUGGCGACUAAACUGCGUCGAGGCCCUGGCGGCCUGCUACUACAUCUGCGGGCACGCCGAGUGGGCCGAGGAGAUCCUGUCGUCCUUUUCGUACGGCGACGCGUUUCUCGAGAUUAACGGCGCGCUGCUGAAGCGCUACGCAGCUUGCGCGGACGAGGUUGAGAUCCAGAAGGCCGAGGACGAAUGGCUGGAGAAGAUCGAGCGCGAGUACAACAAGAGCCGAGAGGACAAGGACACGCGCGGCGAGGACGAUGCUUGGAAGGGCGGCAACAUGAACAGGCGAGCCAUUGACGACUCGGACGAGGAGGACUCGGAGGAUGACGAAGACGGCGAGGGCAAGAAAAAGAAAAAGGAAGGCUCGGAGGCGGAGGACGACGAUGACGAAGAGGAGGAAGACAGAGAUCCCUACGGCCUGCCGCCCUCCGACUCGGACGACGAGGAAGAAAUGGCUGAGCUGCGCCGGCGCGUGCUCGCCUCAAAACCCUUCGCCAACCCAGCGCCAGACACGAAGAAGGAGCCAGAGCGGAUAGCGCGAACGGAGCCACCGCCGCCGCCGCAGCUGCAGGAGGACUCAGACGCCGAGUCGGGCUCGGACAUUGACGGCAUGGACGACGAGUUCGACAGCAUCAUCAACGCCACGCCCGUGACGGACCGCACGGGCAUCGCCAAGAAAGAGCGCCAGAAGCAGAUGGACGUCGAGUACAGCGCGACGUUUUCGCGCACGGUGGUGAACGCGCCGAAGAAGUGGUAGAGAGGAGGUAGAU